GACUGAGUGGGAUUCUUCAGGACGAUGUUCGGUAACUUGUGGAGAAGGAAUGCAGACUCGAUCCAGAAUUCGUUUCGACUGUUGCCAAGCAAAAUAUGAAACAGACACUGAUGAUGUAGUCUGCACCCAAACCAAAUGUCCAGAUUUAGAAUCUUGGAGCGUGUGGGCUAAUUUAGGAGAGUGUUCUGUGACUUGUCAAGAAGGGAAGCAGUAUCAGACGAGACACCGUUUCUUACCUUUGGUACAAAUAAAUGAAACAGUCAUCAAAGAAAAUGUUUGUUAUGGGACCAAAUGUCCAGAAUCUUGGAGUGUGUGGGCUAAUUUAGGAGGGUGUUCUGUGACUUGUGGAGAAGGGAAGCAGUAUCAGACGAAACACCGUUUCUUACCUUUGGUACAAAUGAAUGAAACAGUCAUCAAAGAAAAUUUCUGUUAUGAUACCAAAUGUCCAGAAUCUUGGAGUGUGUGGGCUAAUUUAGGAGGGUGUUCUGUGACUUGUGGAGAAGGGAAGCAGUAUCAGACGAAACACCGUUUCUUACCUUUGGUACAAAUAAAUGAAACAGUCAUCAAAAAAAAUGUCUGUUAUGAGACCAAAUGUCCAGUUUUCAAAUGGAUUAACUUGAAAUCAGAAAACCUUACAAUAGAAGACAAGAAAGAAAUGAUGAAAGGAGAAUUAGUCGAUCUGAAAGCAAACCUGACCAUUGACAAAAAGAAUACAUCGGCUGCAAUCAGACGUAGAACAUCAGCUCGUGACAACAGGCCCUUUGCUACGUUAAUGGGUUAUGUAGGGGUUAUAAUCCUGAUUAUACCAGUGGUUCUUAUUAUUUAUGCAGAUUUCACCAAAUGUUGUCAGUCAAAAAAGAUAUCUAGAAAGAAAAAGGUUCAUCCCAGACUAAGUGCACCUAAAAUUGACAUAUAGACUAUUACAGCACGUGAUACAAAUUGUAGAAAAUAUAGAAAGUAGGAUAGAAGAAGUGUUCAUAGAAGUACAUUUGAAAACUAUAAAUACUGUUUUAUUUCAGUAUGAUCUUAAGUAGCUUCGU